UAUCGAUAAACGCGAUAAAACUGACGUGUUCAUAAUAGCUCGUAAAAUGAAAAUUUGUCACGGAACGAUUAUAAAAUCAAUAGCUUCGCGCGAAUGAAAAGUUCUCCAACGCGAAUGAAGUCUAUUGAUAUACGUAAUAUUUAUAUAAAUGUUUCUUUUCUUCCUGCUCCACCUCUCGACGUUCUCAGCUUCGCGAAAUUGUUGACCGAAAUUGUUCGAGAAACCGGGCAGCUCGUUACGAGUCACGAUCCCGAAACGCGCGUGCGCGCUAUAGGAGCGGACCCGCCGCAUUCGCGACAUUCGCGUGCGAUCGAGAGCCUUCGGAUACGUCGCGCUAUCCGCCGCGGGCAUCUCCGCUUUAUUGGCGACGGCGUUCGGCCCGAUUAGUCGGCCGGUCGACCGCGUCCAAUUUAUUCGUGCGGCAUGCGCGCGGCGGCCGAGAACUCCUUCACCGGCUCUCGUUCGCGACCGCCGCUCGUUAACCGCCGUCUAUCGUGCAGCGAGCAAGAUCCGCCGCCGUCCUCGCCCCGACCUGAGCCUCGCCGUCGCGGCGACUCCAAAGCCGGCUGAUCGUAUACAUAUAUCGGAUUUUUAUACCGUCCACAGUAGCGCGCCACGAUGUUGAGCCUCUUCGAGAGCAUCGCCGACAUCCCGAAGCUUUACUACGGCGCAUUGCUGGGCAUCGGCUUCUGCAUCUAUUAUCUCUGCGAAGUCGUCAAGACACCCUUGCUGGUUUGCGCCAAUGGACCAUUCCGCUCGUUCUUGGAAGUCAACAUUCCACUCGUGCAAAAUAAAUUCUGGCCGACGUUAUGGUGUUUCGAAUCGCGAGCGCAGACCAUUAUAGCCAGUCUUUUGAGAUCUCGGAUAUUGCCGAAAGUCGAAUAUCGCAGAGAAAUUCUUGCUUUGUCUGACGGGGGUGAAGUGGCCUUAGAUUGGGCCGAGAAAGAUUGCUCUAUCACGUCGCCAAUCGUCGUCAUUUUACCUGGUCUCACAGGCGGUAGUCAAGCGGAAUAUAUCAAAUGUCUGGUAUCAGCCGCGAGAAAAAAUGGAAUACGAUGCGUAAUUUUCAAUAACAGAGGCUUAGGUGGAUUGCAACUCAAGACUCCACGAACGUAUUGUGCCGCUAACUAUGAUGAUUUAAGUGAAGUCAUAGAACACGUAAAGAAACUUCAUCCUCAUGUACCUCUCGGAGCAACCGGAAUCUCCAUGGGAGGGUUGAUCUUAGGUAAUUAUUUAGCCCAAAAAGGUUUAACAGCAAGGACCAAAUUAAGAGCUUGCCUCAUUAUCUCGGUGCCAUGGAAUGUAUUUGCAGCAACGAAAAACACCGAGGAAAAUUAUUUUAAUCUAAUGCUGAAUAAGCAUCUAGCCAGCAAUCUGUGUCGCACAAUACAGCGGCAUCAUACUUCUAGCAUUGGCCCUUUCAAUGUGGAUAUCGACACUGUUCUUAAGAGCCAAACAAUAAGAGAAUUCGAUUCGAACUUCACGGCAAGGCAGUUUGGAUAUAAAAACGUUGAAGAGUAUUACAGUAACGCGACGCUUCACGACAAGCUGCAUCUAAUCCAAGUUCGGACUUUGUGCCUCAACGCGGCAGACGAUCCGUUUCAACCAUUGCAAGCGAUGCCUCUGAAGGAAAUAAGCCAGACAAAAAACGUGGCUGUCGUGGUAACGUCGCGCGGUGGUCAUAUUGGUUUCCUAGAAGGCGUUUGGCCGGUCAAGGAGGAGCAAUACAUGGGAAAGUUCUUCUCGCAAUUUUUCACGGCGAUGUUCACAAGCGAUUUCGACUAACACGUACUUGAUAUUAUCUAUAGAUUGGACUCGAGUAAAUAGUAUCGUAAGCAUUAAUAUCGGCUUCCUUGAUUUGCUAUCGUCUGGCGUCAAGAGAUACGAUCGCGAUAUCGUUUAUUUAAUUUUCUUACAAGUUAAAAUGUGAUAUCAAUUUCAACAUGAUAACUCUAUCGGUUUUUCAUACUACGGUGCAACGCAAAACUUGGAAUUGCACUUUAUAGACCUGAAAGAAUAACUAAUUCCGAAUUUUAUAAUGUAAUGUUUGUGACUGUGAGAUAUUGUUAACUAGGCUCCACACUUAUCAAGCAAAGAUUUUUGCUCAUGACAAUGCGCAUUAAAAUUAUUCUUGUUAAUUAUUUCUAGUUAAUAAAAAUUGAUUUUUAUAAAAA